CCGCGCGUGCGCACUGCGGCUCGGCCCGGCCCGGCCCGGCUCGGCUCGGCUCGGCGCGGAGCGGGGGCCCCGUGAGCGCGGCGGGAAGCGGCGGCCCCGCGGGGCGCCAUGGCCAAACGGCUGCGGAGCAGCGAGCUGUGCGCCGACUGCAGCGCCCAGGAUCCUUGUUGGGCAUCUAUAAACAGGGGAAUUCUGAUUUGCGACGAGUGCUGCAGUGUUCAUCGAAGUCUGGGGCGUCAUAUCUCUCAAGUGAGACAUCUCAAGCACACACCAUGGCCUCCAACAUUGCUGCAGAUGGUUGAAACACUGUACAAUAACGGUGCUAACUCCAUAUGGGAACAUUCAUUGCUGGACCCUGCCUCUGUUAUGAGUGGAAGGCGCAAAGCUAACCCGCAGGAUAAAGUGCAUCCCAAUAAAGCUGAAUUCAUUAGAGCUAAAUAUCAAAUGUUAGCAUUUGUUCAUCGCCUGCCAUGCCGUGAAGAUGACAGUGUGACUGCCAAAGAUCUUAGUAAGCAACUCCAUUCCAGCGUAAGGACAGGAAAUCUGGAGACCUGUUUGCGACUACUCUCCUUAGGAGCUCAAGCCAACUUCUUUCAUCCCGAGAAAGGAAAUACCCCGCUCCACGUUGCUGCUAAGGCAGGACAGACUCUACAAGCAGAGUUAUUAGCGGUUUAUGGUGCUGAUCCUGGCACACAAGAUUCCAAUGGAAAAACUCCUGUUGACUAUGCAAGACAAGGUGGGCAUCAUGAACUGGCAGAGCGCCUGGUAGAAAUUCAGUAUGAACUCACUGACAGGUUAGCUUUCUAUCUCUGUGGCAGGAAACCAGAGCAUAAAAAUGGACAGCACUUUGUUAUACCUCAGAUGGCAGAUAGCAGUCUAGAUGUAUCAGAACUUGCAAAAGCAGCAAAGAAGAAGCUUCAAUCUCUAAGCAACCACUUAUUUGAAGAACUUGCCAUGGAUGUAUAUGAUGAAGUCGACAGGAGGGAAACAGAUGCAGUUUGGCUUGCUACUCAGAAUCAUAGCACGCUUGUGACAGAGACCACAGUGGUUCCUUUUCUUCCUGUAAAUCCUGAAUAUUCCUCAACCAGGAAUCAGGGAAGACAGAAACUGGCUCGAUUUAAUGCUCAUGAAUUUGCUACACUAGUUAUAGAUAUUUUAAGUGAUGCCAAACGAAGACAACAGGGGAAUCCUGUCAGUGGUUCCAAAGAAAAUGUGGAACUAAUACUCAAAUCCAUAAGCAAUCAACAUAGCAGUGAAAGUCAGGAUAAUGACCAGCCUGAUUACGAUAGUGUUGCUUCAGAUGAAGAUACAGAUCUGGAAACAAAUGCAGCUAAAUCUAACAGACAGAAGAGUCUGGAUUCAGACUUGUCAGAUGGACCAGUGACUGCCCAGGAAUAUAUGCAAGUUAAAAAUGCAUUGGUGGCUUCUGAGGUAAAGAUUCAGCAGUUAAUGAAAGUGAACAUCAACUUGAGCGAUGAGCUGAGAGUCAUGCAGAAAAAGCUUCAAACGCUACAGAGUGAGAAUACCAACCUCAGAAGACAGGCCACAACCAAUAUAUAUCAGGUCCAAAGUGGUUCUGACUACACAGACCCUACCAACAAUUCUUCUUUAAAGCGACGACCAUCUGCACGGGGUAGCAGACCCAUGUCCAUGUAUGAGACUGGAUCAGGUCAGAAACCCUACCUCCCCAUGGGAGAGGUCCCAUACCCAGAAGAAAGCAUAACAAGACUGCAGCCUUUUCCUCCACAUAUCGGGAGGAGUGCGUUUGUGACCUCCUCUUCAUCUCUACCUUCCUUCCCCUCCACGCUUUCCUGGUCAAGGGAUGAAAGCACACGAAGGGCCUCGAAGCUGGAGAAGCAGAGCAGCGUGUCGGAGAGUGACUACGAUAACCCCACUGCCCCUCUGGAGCUGGAGGAGACAGGGUCAGGCAGGAAGGGACGGCAGAGGAGCAUCAUUUGGCAGGGGGAGGGAUCCAUCCCCGAGGACACCGACACAGCCCCCAGCUCCAGUUUGCCCAGUACAGAAGAUGUGAUUCGGAAAACUGAGCAGAUCACUAAGAAUAUUCAGGAGCUGCUGCGAGCGGCACAGGAGAACAAGCAUGACAGACCAUUAGAGCGUGCGAGCAUGCUCAAGCUCAGACACAGCCUCGGCUGCUUCAGCACGCUGGUUCCCUGGGCCGAGAGAGCUCCCCUGCAGCCUCUGACCAUCCAGCAGCCCGGCCCUGCCUCCUGCUAUAUACCGUGCUCCGAGAGAAUACAUGUGGCAGUAACAGAAAUGGCAGCCUUGUUCCCAAAAAAACCCAAAUCUGAACUGGUAAGGACUUCUUUGCGUCUGCUGACAUCUAGUGCCUACAGACUCCAAUCUGAGUGCAAAAAAACCCUUCCUGUGGAGACGUGCCCUACGACGGACAUCCAGCUGGUUACACAGCAAGUCAUCCAGUGCGCCUACGACAUUGCCAAGGCUGCUAAACAGCUGGUUACCAUCACAACCAAAGAGAACAACAACUGAGUCGCUCUUGGCUUUUUAAUCUUGUUUUUUAAAGGUUGAAUUUCAAAUAUAGGUGUGGAACUAUUCAAAUUUUUAUGAGGAAAACUAAAGGGGCAAGAAACUUUUUUUUAAACUCAGUAUUAUUUUUGCAUGUUUUCUAACAAUUUUAAUGAUUAAUUUAACCCACUGCCUUAUUUUGUGCCUGUGUUGCCAGUUUAGUUACCGUUAAUAGCAUGUUGCAAAUAGCUAUUGAGCCAAUAUCAUGUACCAGCGGUGUUUCAAGCUCUUGCUAGAUGUUUCCUUGAGGCCACGUUCUGCUUUCAGAUAUUGCUUGCAAAAUCCCCACCAAAGUCAACUGCAGAUAUCAGGGGGCAGAAUCUCGCCUCUGCUCUGUCCAUCCUGGAGCCUCCCGCGCAGUGGUGCUGCUGAUGGAGAAACGUGCAGUGAAAUGGGCUGCGAAGGCUCCAGGCCCAUACCUGCUGACCAGCAGAAGGAAGCUCGUACUCCUGAUCAGUGGAAUACCAGCCACUAUUACCUGUUCCCAUAUCAACUGUUGUGCAAUAAUAAUGUUUUUAGUCUGCCGAGACAAUAGUAGCUGUGGGCAUCCGAGCUUAUUACAUGUAGCUAUACAAGGUCUUUGUCACUUUACCUAUUUUUGGAAGGAAUUUCAAUUUUAAUAGUUAUUUCUUUUAGUUGUCACUAUGCCAUUAAUAUAUUAUGUUUGAUGUUACUUUAGGGCAUUAGUGGUUAAAAUAUUAUCCCUUGUUUCUGGUUUGGUAUCUCAUUCUUAAGUUUCCUACAGAAUUUUACUGUCAUCUUCAAGGCAACACCUCGUUUGCAGCAGCACUGAUGCAAUUUCACUGAAGAUUUGUGAUAAUUGGAAAAAGAAGUGCCAGUUAAAGGAAGCUGUGUCUGCCAUAGCAUAUAACCUCUGUACCUCAACGUAUCAAUGUGAAAAGGUUUCUUCUAUCCAGUAAGUAUUUUGCAAAGGAUUCAAAACUUUACAGCUAUUUACUGAAUAACCCAAGCUAGGUUGCCUGUCAGAAAGGUAGAUUGGUUACAGACAUCCAUGUGUGUUUCAGGUUUUUCCAUUUAUAACAGUUUACAAAACUUUGAAAAAUAGGCAAGUCCGUAAUUACAAAAAUGAGAGCUCCUGGGGAGUCAAAACUCCAUAGUUUUUGUCUCCUCACAUCCCAUUUGGAAGCUUGUUGUGAUUUCUAAGGAGCCUGCUAGGGCAGUUUAGCUGGCAGCCAGUUCAGACAGUGUUUUAUUUAAGAGCAAAGUUACAGAACUACAGCAGCUGUCACGUGUCAGCAGUUGAUUGGAAUAUUCAGAUAGUCCUCACAGGAGCAUUUGAGUCAAAAGUGAUUAUCUGCCAUUCAACAAACAGGUCUACAGUAUGGAGUCUACCAAAAAACACUUAUGCUUCAAGGCUUCCUGGUAGAAAAACUGCUGUAUUUAGAAGAUGAAGCCACUUUCAGCAGUUCCUUCUUGCAAUCACAGUGUUUGUAUGCACGUAUAAACACUAAGUGCCAUAACACGCUUGGAUUCUUGUGUUGGAUGUAGCUCCAUUUUUAAAGUAGUGUAAAUCUGAAGGAGGGAAGGAAUGGAGAGAGUAGAUGACAAUCCAGUACAUUAAUCUUCUUCAUAGUAACUUUUUUUUUCUCCCUUCCUACACCUCUGAAUCCUAGAACUGUCUCUAAACUCACAGGAAUGCAGACAGGCUGGGAUUGAAACUAUAAAAGAUUUAUAAAACCUACUUCAAAAUUACUCUGCUUGCAAUUAAAUACAUUAAGAACAGGUUCCCAGAAGAUUAUCAAAUUAAUAUCAUUGAAAGGUAGCAGAUGGUAUUUUUAAAUCUCUCAGGACACCAUUGUUUGCUUUUCUUUAACAUAUCCUACCUGAUUUUGAAGCAGGGUAGCACUGAGUUACGCUGUAGGUUUAAAUUUGUGCCUGUACCAAAACAAAAGGACACUUCAAUAGCUACAAGCCCUUGUUCUAGCUAGGCUAGCUCCAGGUUUUCAAAAAACAAUCAUUUAUCUUGGUGGAAGGCCUAGCUUAAAAAAAAAAAAAGCCACCUGUAAUUGAUUUUCCAUUCUGGUAAAUUCUGCUCUCUGAGCAAACAUUUGUUCUAGACUGGUCAUUGCCAUACCCUGUUACUGCUCCAGAACCCCAGUGCACGUGACGAGGGAUGUGCAAUUUUCUGAUGCCAUCAGUGAAACAGAAGCAGUUUGAGCAAACACUUACGUGUUCUGCCAGAUCUCAUCACCAAGGCAGUGUUACAAAGCCAGCUGAAGAACUAAAGAGUAGCAGGGUAACCCCCAAACCGCACAGCAUUGCAGGUCAGAAGAUUUAUAAUACCCAAAUAAAAAACCUGUGUUUUUUCUUUUAUGACAUCUCCUUCCCCCACCCCACAAACCAGAAUUCCUCUCUUUACAAAAUGCUGCAUAGGAACAAAUUUAUUAUUUUUUUUUGCCUUUUCUGAAACUUGUAUUUAUCAGUGUCAUUCUGUCUGUACUAUACUCUGAUUUAAUCUUUUGUUUACUGUAUUACUAUAAAAUGCUAAAACCUU